GGUCAUUUUACUCAUAGAUCUCCCUCUUCUUAGGCUCCUCAACUAAACAUCUUUAAUGCUCUCGCUCUCUCCCCGCUGUGUACCUCAUAGACUUGAAAAUAAUUUAACAUUCUAUUUUUUUUUUUUUCAAAACCUUCUUGUUUUUCUAUAUAAUGAGCUGAUCAAUACAUCAAGUCUCCAACCACCUAGCUACCAGCCAAGAGCAGGAACAUUAAUACUGGUGCACAACAUCUCUCAUGCUUCACAUACCCCUAAAGCUCUUCGCUCUCGAGAUCUAGAGAGGAAAAUCUAUUGAAGUUAAACAAGUCUGUCUUCCAUAAUUGCUGAUCUUUCUAUAAAUCUUCUUACAUCUCUUGUAAACUCAUUCUUUAUCCAUCUCUCUUCAAACUUCAUUCACCACCUGGACCGCCGUAUCUAGCUAUUUCCGGCAAUAUUUUCUCAACUUUUGUGCCAGAUCAUGGAGAUAUCCACAGCUCUAAUGAUUCUCUCAGCCAUCACGGCUUACUUCUUAUGGCUCACAUUCAUAUCUCGUUGUCUUAAAGGUCCACGGGUCUGGCCCUUAGUUGGGAGCCUCCCCGGCCUAAUCGAGAAUUGCGAGAGAAUGCACGACUGGAUCUCCGACAACCUUCUCGCUUGCUCCGGUACGUAUCAGACAUGCAUCUGCGCGAUCCCCUUUCUUGCAAAGAAACAAGGUCUAGUAACUGUCACGUGCGACCCAAGAAACCUCGAGCAUAUUCUCAAAACUCGCUUUGACAACUACCCUAAAGGUCCGACGUGGCAAGCCGUUUUUCACGAUCUUCUAGGUCAAGGGAUCUUUAACUCCGACGGAGACACGUGGCUUUUCCAGCGUAAAACCGCAGCUUUGGAAUUCACCACAAGGACUCUCCGCCAAGCCAUGGCUCGUUGGGUCAACCGAGCUAUCAAGCUUAGGUUUUUACCUAUUCUCGAAACGGCUCGGCUCGACUCUGAGCCGAUCGAUCUUCAAGAUUUGCUUCUUCGGCUUACGUUUGAUAAUAUCUGCGGCUUGACGUUCGGUAAAGACCCGAGAACUUGCGCACCGGGACUCCCGGUUAACACGUUCUCUGUGGCUUUCGACCGAGCCACGGAGGCGUCUCUACAACGGUUUAUAUUGCCGGAGAUUUUGUGGAAGUUUAAGAGAUUGGCCGGGCUCGGCUUAGAAGUCAGCUUGACCCGAAGCUUGGUCCAAGUCGACAAUUAUUUGUCUGAAAUCAUUAAAACACGUAAGCAAGACUUGACGAGUAAGCCCAAUAACGAUGGGGCCCAACACGACGAUCUCUUAUCGCGGUUCAUCAAGAAGAAGGAAACCUACUCCGACGAAGUCCUCCAGCGCGUGGCGCUCAACUUCGUACUCGCGGGCCGUGACACGUCAUCAGUCGCGUUAAGCUGGUUUUUCUGGUUGAUCACGCAGAACCCUACCGUAGAGGAUAAAAUCCUCCGCGAGAUCUGCGCCGUCCUUAUCGAGACGCGUGGCGAUGACGUGGCGCUGUGGAUCGACGAGCCGCUCGCGUGCGAGGAGCUCGACCGGUUGGUUUACCUCAAGGCGGCGUUAUCGGAGACGCUGCGGCUGUAUCCCUCCGUGCCGGAGGAUUCAAAGAGAGCAGUUAAGGACGACGUGUUGCCGGACGGGACUUUCGUGCCGGCGGGAUCGUCGGUGACGUACUCGAUCUACUCGGCGGGGAGGAUGAGAUCGACUUGGGGUGAUGAUUGCUUGGAGUUCAAACCGGAGAGAUGGAUCUCGCGAUCGGACGGUGGGAGAUUCAUCAAUCACGAUCCGUUUAAGUUCGUGGCGUUCAAUGCUGGCCCUAGGAUCUGUCUAGGGAAAGAUCUGGCUUAUCUUCAGAUGAAAUCGAUCGCGGCGGCGGUUUUGCUCCGUCAUCGCUUGACGGUUGUGACGGGGCAUAAGGUGGAGCAGAAGAUGUCGUUGACUCUUUUCAUGAAGUACGGUCUUCUGGUUAACGUUCGUAACCGGGAUUUAACGGCGAUCGCGGCGGAUCUGCGGGAGAAGACGGACUGUGAAUCUAACGCCGUUAACGACGGAGUUGGUAACGGCGUCAGAAGGUAGGUGAGGUGGGUGGAAGCAAUCACAUCUAUCAAUUGAAUGUUGGAAUAGAGUGUGGCACUCUCGCUUAUGGGGAGCGUGUCGGAUACGCGAUUCUUUGGUACGCCAGAUGUGGUUUAUUGAUUGGCUGCAUUUUAUUCAAUAGAGGUAAUUUUGCAAAGCGCGUUGUUUUCCUUUUCCUUUUACUCUUUUUUUGGUUCAUCUCCUUUCGUCUUUACUUCAAAUCAAAAGACAGUAAAAUUUGAUUACAUUAUUUUUGUAAGCAUCUCUCAAUUUGAUUAAUAAUUUUCAAAUAAUGCUUUACCAUAA